AUGGAUCACGGACGUGAUGACGUUACCGAAUCAAACGAGCAGCAGUCGAAGAAGGAUAGUGGAGGUGGAGGUGGAAAUGGUGACCGACCAGAACAUAGAAGAAGCAAAUCUGGAAGCCUCCUAAGCGGGUUCUCGUUUCUCAGGUCGGCAAAAGAAAGUGUACCAAAGCAGCCAGCAGACGACGACGGUCCGCCCGAGAAUGCGGAAGGUGCGAAGCGAGGACCGUCUGUCGUAACUGCUUUGCGCCAGAUUCAGGGCAGGCAAAGAAAAGGGUCCUUGAGGAAGGCCGCUAUGGCGAAGAUGCGAGAGAGGAGUAGUUCCAUACGCAAGGAGCGCACGCCUGGCAAGCCGCCUACCAUCAUCACGACGAUGAGUACAACCUCUUUUGACGACGAAACAACACCUCGCCGCUUCAACUACGAGCACGCGUCAUUCAACUCCUCCUCAGAUAGUGGAUGGCAUCCUGAAAACAACCUAUUCCUGUCAACCUCACCAACUGGAACAUCACUCCAAGCUCCCCCGUCCAUAUUGAGUCCGAAUGGGCCAUAUGCAUCUACCACUACCGACGAUGAUGACACGCUCUCUUUCUUCCGUCCGUCAUCGUCCAGCAACGGCAACGCGUUCAAUAUAGUAGCACAGGGUCCCGCAAUAUCUCUCUCACGCCGGCGCUCAAACCGCUCUGAGAGACGCUUAUCCCUCGCAGAAGUCCAGCCGCCCUCCGAUCUCGAUCUGGAUGAUGACUGGGACUACAGUGAGACAGAGUGGUGGGGUUGGGUAGUGCUCAUUGUGACAUGGAUUGUCUUCGUCGUUGGAAUGGGCUCUUGUUUGGGGGUGUGGAGUUGGGCAUGGGAUGUGGGUGAGACUCCGUAUGCGCCGCCAGAGCUGGAAGACGACGAGUCACUACCGAUUACGGGAUACUACCCCGCGUUGAUGGUGUGCACGGCGGUUAUGAGUUGGGUGUGGGUUGUGGUCGCCUGGGUAGGCAUGAAGUACUUCCGGCAUGCGAAGGUUGUUGGCGAGGAAGGUUAA